ACAAUGUGUAAGGCUGCAUUGACCUCCCACCGGAUUCACCUCUAAUGCGAAGCCAUGUUUCGGUCUUUGAGAAGCGUUCAGCAGUUUAACUGCAACCUCCUGACUUUACAAAGACUCCGCGUAAACUCCAAACUCCUCAUCUGCACCUCCAGAAUGGCCAGUUCGGAGUACAGGCUUGAACGGGACACGUUUGGUGAGCUCAAGGUCCCAGCUGACAAGUACUACGGUGCUCAGACUGUCAGAUCCACCAUGAACUUCAAGAUUGGAGGACCGAGCGAAAGAAUGCCAAUCCAAGUGAUCAAAGCGUUUGGUAUCCUGAAGAAAGCAGCUGCCGAGGUGAACAAAGACUACGGCCUGAACCCAAAGAUAGCAGAUGCAAUCGUUCAGGCUGCCGAUGAGGUUUCAGCUGGAAAGCUGGAUGAUCAUUUCCCUCUGGUGGUGUGGCAGACUGGAUCUGGAACUCAGACCAACAUGAACGUCAAUGAGGUGAUCAGCAAUAGAGCUAUUGAGAUCAUGGGUGGUAAACUGGGCUCCAAGGAUCCCGUCCACCCGAACGACCAUGUCAACAAGAGCCAGAGCUCCAACGACACCUUCCCCACUGCCAUGCACAUCGCUGCAGCCACAGAGGUCCACCACGUCCUGCUGCCCGGCCUGCAGACUCUGCACGACGCGCUCGCUGCUAAGGCUGAAGAGUUCAAAGACAUCAUCAAGAUCGGGCGCACACACACUCAGGACGCCGUACCGCUUUCACUUGGACAGGAGUUUGGCGGUUAUGUGCAGCAGGUGAAGUACAGCAUAGAGAGAGUGAAGGCUGCCAUGCCCAGAGUGUACGAGCUGGCAGCAGGAGGCACAGCAGUAGGGACAGGACUCAACACCCGCAUCGGCUUCGCUGAGAAAGUAGCUUCUACUGUUGCUUCUCUCACAGGCCUGCCAUUUGUGACAGCUCCCAACAAGUUUGAAGCCCUGGCAGCACAUGACGCCUUAGUAGAGCUGAGCGGAGCCCUGAACACCGUGGCUGUCAGCAUGAUGAAGAUCGCCAAUGACAUUCGUUUCUUGGGGUCAGGGCCCCGCUCCGGCCUGGGAGAGCUCAUCUUACCAGAGAAUGAACCAGGGAGCAGCAUCAUGCCAGGGAAAGUCAACCCCACCCAGUGUGAGGCCAUGACCAUGGUAGCAGCUCAGGUGAUGGGAAACCACGUGGCCGUCACGGUCGGAGGCAGCAACGGACACUUUGAGCUCAACGUCUUUAAACCCAUGAUUAUCAAGAAUGUGCUCAACUCCGCACGGCUGAUCGGCGACGCAUCCGUCUCCUUCACCAACAACUGCGUGGUGGGCAUCCAGGCCAACACGGAGAGGAUCAACAAGCUAAUGAACGAGUCCCUCAUGCUGGUCACUGCGCUCAACCCUCACAUCGGCUACGACAAGGCUGCCAUGAUUGCCAAGACGGCUCACAAGAAAGGAUCUACGCUGAAGGCUGUGGCCGUGGAGCUGGGCUACCUGACCGAGGAGCAGUUCGAUCAGUGGGUGAAGCCCAGUGAGAUGCUGGGGCCAAAGUGAACUCUGACAGCAGGACAAACACUAUAUAAAAAAAAGAAUAUUCCUUUCUAGUGUGAGGAGUAUUUAUAAUUAAAGCCGUUAAAUUGUAAAAAGAAAAAAAAAAUCUUUUUCUGAACAUCUCUUAAUAAAAUGUGUGAGAAUAUUCUACUGCUGUUCAAUGCAAAUUCUUAUUUGUCAAACUGACAUGUUGUGUUGUUAAACAGCUAUUAUCCAACACCAGAUUCAAUCUUGUCAUUUGGGGAGGCUACCUGACCACGUUGUCACGAUGCCGACGACACUUAUGUCUUAUAUUACCUUGUUUUAUUACACAUGUAGUCUCAGAUGUUAUGGUUGUUGCUUAUUAUCACAGUUGAUGAUGUUUCCAUCAUCAGUUGAUGUUUUUGUAUUUAUAUUUUCUGACUUCUCCGUUAUUAGUUGCUACAGUCAGACAUGUCAGACGUGCCACCCCAGCUGUGUCAACAUGGACUACUGCACCUUGUCCGUUCUGGUUUACGGUUAUGUGCCAUUUACGCAAUGUUCCAGCUUAAUUAAAUAUCAAUUAAAAGAAAUUCACUCUCGA